AUGGGCGCCACCCCAUUCCACCGUUCCAUCCUCAAGAUCCGGUGGCCGAGACACUUCGACAAACCAACGAACAUGAGGUAUGACGGGACACAGGACCCGCAAGAGCACCUAACGGCCUUCGAGGCCCGAAUGAACCUCGAAGGAGUGGGAGACGAGGUAAGGUGCCGUGCUUUCCCGGUCACCUUGGCAGGCCCGGCGAUACGGUGGUUCAAUAGCCUCCCGCAGGGUUCUGUAGCCGGCUUCUCAGACAUCAGCCGUGCCUUCUUAGCACAAUUCACUACUAGAAUCGCAAAGGCAAAGCACCCAAUCAAUCUCCUCGGCAUGACCCAACGCACCGGGGAGAUGACCAGGAAGUAUCUAGAUCGGUUCAACGAUGAAUGCCUGGAAAUCGAAGGACUAACCGACUCUGUGGCCAGCCUUUGUCUGACGAAUGGCCUUCUUAAUGAGGAUUUUCGAAAACAUCUCACCAUCAAACCGGUCUGGACGAUGCAUGAGAUCCAGACCGUAGCCAAGGAAUACAUAAAUGAUGAGGAAGUCAGCCAGGUCGUGGCUGCCAAUAAACGGCACUCCGACUACAAUCAACCUAGGCAACAGGUUUACCAGCAAAUCGCCGAAAAGGGAAUAUUGACGAAGCCCCGACCUCUGAAAGACCGUACAGGGGGGAACAAGAGCCUCUACUGUGAUUACCAUAAAGGCUAUGGGCACCAAACACAGGACUGCUUCAACCUGAAAGAUGCGCUAGAACAAGCAAUCAGGGACGAUGCUAAGACCCGAUCGACGAAACGGCGGCAAGAACCAGAAAACGACGAUCACGGCCUCACCAUAAUAAACGUGGUGACCACCAAAAACACAGCGCCAAAGUCGAGGUCUGCGCACAAGAAAGACGCCAAAGUCCUGGCAAUUUCCUCCUCGCCGGCACGAAGCUCCAAGAGGUCCCCAACUAUUUCCUUCGGGCCAGAGGAUCAUUGGUUCGACGAGGUCCCUGAGAACCCACCCAUGGUCAUUACGGCUAGGGUGGGAACCGGCCUCGUCAAACGAAUCCUUGUGGACACAGGGGCAGACUCAAACAUUAUGUUCCGCAACGUGUUCGAUGCGCUGGGAUUACGGGACGCCGACCUCACGACUCACCAGCACGGUGUCAUAGGGUUAGGCGACUACUUCAUUAAGCCGGACGGGAUAAUAUCCCUCCCGACUUCCGUAGGACAAGGACAAGGACGGAGGUCAAUAAUGGCCGAGUUCGUGGUUCUACGGGACUCCACUGCCUACAACAUCAUCCUAAAGCGUCUGGAGUGUUUCUUGCUGACUUAG